GUCAUGAACGCUUACUGAAAGGAACAAAAACAUCCAUCUGCCAUUUGCUGGCUGUGCAGCUUUUAAUUCCGAACAAACACCAUGUACACACUGUGGAAGCUGCUGAUUUCUCUGUUCCUUUGCAUAACGGUCGCCAACAGUUCCCGGGUGCUAGAGCUAAGCGAUCGGUUUUUGGACGUUCGAAAUGAAGGCCAAUGGUUCGUGAUGUUUUAUGCGCCUUGGUGCGCUCACUGCAAAAAGCUCGAACCGGUGUGGGCGCUCGUCGCACAAGCUCUGUACAACACGAACAUUCGUGUCGGUCGGGUCGAUUGUACGCGCUUCACGGCCGUUGCACAGCACUUUAAGGUGAACGCAUACCCGACGAUUAUUUUCGUUAAAGGGCCUUACGACUAUGUGUACAAUGGAGAGCGAUCUAAAGAAGAGUUAAUUCACUUCGUGAACCGGAUGUCCGGUCCACCGGUUCAACUGGUAACGCGAGCGGACAGCAUCGAUAUACUGAAGUCGAACAAUCCAAUCUUUUUCACCUACGUCGGCAAACAGUCCGGGUUGCUGUGGGAUGUCUUUUACAGUGCGGCAGAAUCGUACCAAGCGCACGGCUACUUCUAUGCCACCUCGGUCGAAAUUGCUAAACGACACUUUGAUGUGGAUACCGUCCCAUCGGCCCUGGUGUACAAGGAGCGCAGUCACUAUUAUUUCCCUUACUCGGACAACUUUGAGCGCAUUGAACCGGCCCACCUGAACGAAACACUGUUCCGGUGGGUAAAUGAGGAGCGUUUUGCCACCUUCCCGAAGGUAACGCGCAGCAACAUUCAUCAUCUCGUUCAAACCCAGAAAUACCUCGUGCUGGCAGUGGUGGAAGAGAACAAGCUCAGCGAAAUAGCGGCCCACGAGCAGGAGUUUCGCGAUAUGGUGGAAAUAUUCGUGCACAAAAACAAACACAAGUACCAUGGACGGUUCCAGUUUGGGUGGGUCGGUACACCGGAACUGGCACGAUCAAUCGCGAUGGACAGCUUGCCGACACCGCAUCUGCUGGUGCUGAAUGCUUCCACCAACGAGCAUCACAUCCCGGAAGAUGAUCCCCUGCAGCUAACACCGGAAGCGAUCGAAAUAUUUCUAGACAGCAUCCACAACCAGACCGCACCAACGUUCGGUGGCAAUUCACUGCCAGUGCGCAUCUAUCGUGCGUGGUUCGAAGCUAAAACAUCGCUGUACGAAAUGUGGAUAGGGAAUCCGGUACUUACGACGGUACUUUUCGGUCUUCCGCUUGGCUUCCUUUCGCUCAUCAUGUACUCCAUCUGCUGUGCGGACAUACUCGAUGCGGAGGAAGAGGACGAUGGUGCCGAUCAGCGGCACGAGAAAAAGGAGUAAGCACAGU